UCUCUAGCUUGUCAGAAGAAAAACGCCAGAAAUUCUAGUCGCAUUUGCUGAUAUUUUACUUAAAUAUACUUAUAUAUAUAUUUCAACACGACGUACAUAUUUAAAAAGUUAAGGACAUGGCAGCGCCAAUGCAACACGAGGACCUUUUGAAGCUCAAGGGCUUCAUCGAGUUCGUGGACUCGAAUCCGACGGUGCUGAACAUGCCGCAGCUGCAGUUCGUGAAGGAUUUCGUUGAGAAAUUCGGUGGCACUGUGCCGGCGGGUGACUUCAAGAUGCCCGACGCUUCUGCCGGAAGCAAAUGCCCCUUUGGCGGCGAUGCUGGUGCAAAGGCCAAGAAGCCGGCUUCCCCCGGCUUUGAGGCCGAGAAUAAUGCUUCUGAGGACAGCGAGGAAGAGUCGCAGUCAGAGCCAGAGUCAGAUGUGGAACUGGACAUGGAGGGCGUAAUCGAGGCGGACAGCGAGCCAGCACAGCCGAUGGGGGAUUCCGCCAAGGAGCCCACUGAGGAGGAGGUCGACCAGGCCGGCGAUCUGCGUGCCCAGGCGGCAUCCGCUUAUGGCGAACAGAAGUUCGAUGAGGCCAUUGCCUUAUACACCAAGGCCAUCGAACUGAAUCCAGGCAAUGCUCUGUUCCAUGCUAAGCGCGGCCAGGCUUUCCUCAAGCUGAAGAAGCCGAAUGCCUGCAUCCGGGACUGUGACAAGGCUCUGGAGCUGAACUGCGAUUCGGCAGCUGCCUACAAGUUCAGGGGACGUGCUCGUCGCCUGCUGGGUGACUUUGAGCUGGCUGCCAAGGAUUUGCGCCAGGCCUGCAAGCUGGACUUUGAUGAGGAGGCCGAUGAAUGGCUGCGCGAGGUGACGCCCAAUGCCAAAAAGAUUGAGCAGCAUCGUGUGAAGCAGGAACGCCGCCAGGCCGAGCGGAAGAUCAAGGAUCGUCAGCGGGCUCAGCGACGGGCACGCAAGGAGCAGGCCAAGCAGAGUGCCAAUUCCGGCGGAGCCGGUGGCCCUGGAGGCUUCCCUGGUGGAUUCCCUGGCGGUUUCCCAGGCGGCUCGUCAUUCCCCGGUUUUCCAGGCGGAGCUGGCGGCGCUGGUGGAAUGCCUGGUGGCAUGCCCGGUAUGCCUGGUGGCGUCGAUAUGGGUGACUUGCUGGGAGCCAUGAAGGAUCCAGAGGUGGCUGCUGCUAUGCAGGAUAUUCUGGCCAAUCCAGCCAACAUAUCCAAGUAUGUGUCGAAUCCGAAGAUCUUUAAUCUGAUCAAGAAGUUCGUUCCCAGCGGCGAUCUCGGAGCUGCCUUUGGCCAGUCGGAGGCCAAAACUGGAGCCGAAGAGGCCAGCGAGCCGAAAACCAAGAAGAAGGACUCUGCCGAUUUCUUCGACGAUGGCUUGGAUUAAUCAAUCAUAACAAUGAAACAUAUGGCGAUGAAAAUAAGUUAACAAAACAUAACAACAGAUAACAAUACACACGACAAGAAGCAGUAGAGCGAUACAUAGAAUUGAAAAAAAGGGAGACAGAUGAUACAACAAAUAGAUGAACAAUGUGGAGACAUAGCGAAGAUGUAAACGGAAAGAAGGAAUGAGAAAAAGCUGCUGCCUUAGAAAAUUUUCCAGCACUUUCUCUUCAAAAUAUUAUAAAAAAAACAAAAAAAAGAAGAAAAAGAAAAUGAAAAAAAAAAAACAUUAAGAAAGACACUCAGAUGCAAAAUAUUUCUCUACACAAAUGAAGAAAACAUUAUUGCAACAUUUUCCUAAAACACCUUUCAUCAUCAAAUGUGAAAAAAAAACCAAAACAUGAACAAUAAGUUUCCUUUCGGAUAAAGGAAACGCAAAUUGUUUCCUUAUACUAAAACAACUAAAAAACAAAUCAACUCGGUUAGGUGGUCAGUCGUGUUGAACUAAAGAUCUAUGAGAAACCAAAAUAAAACAAAGAAAAUAAAACUUUAAGUGUUAGCCUUAAUUAACGGGAGGCUUUAAGACUACACAUAACAAGAUCGAAAGCCAUAUGCAAAACACAGCAAAGAACAUAAUUUGUUUCAACAAAAUUGUACUGAGUAGGAUUUUGAGUAAUGAUAACGAAUAAUUGUACUAAGCAAAUGCAUUUAACCAUCCGAUAAAUGAAAAAAGAACACGCCCACGAAUCACUUACUCAUUCACAGUCAUACAAAACAAACAUAUAUAUCCAUGUAAAACAUUCAUUCAACCAGUGAUCAAAACGGAAUUAAUAAUAAACGAGAAUCCGAA